AUGGCCGCCCUCGUGGUUCUCCAGUUGCAGGCGCAGUUAUGCCUGCCCGGCGCGCCGAGCAGCCGCGCGAUUUCCGCGGCGAGAUAUGCCGCGCAGAGCCGCGAGAGCGUCAGGAGUCGCCGCGUGAGCCUCGCGCCCUGCCCCAGCGCGCGCAGCCGCAUUGGCGCUAGCGGGCGCAUGGGCGCGGGGAACAGCGCGCUGCACAGCGAUGAGCGCUGGCGCAAACUCCUUUCCGCCACCGCGAAGCCGAAAUGGGGACAUACGUUCAAGAGAACCACGCCCAGAUGGACGGCGGCAGUCGUCCCCUCCACCAAGCCCUCCAAACGCGUCCCAGUUCCCUCUCUACUCUCACCCCCGCCUGCGCCCUCCUCUUUUCAUAUAACCUGGCAUUUUCCUUUCCCUCAAUUCUCCCUCUCUUUUCCCUCCCUCUUCCCACCCUUUUCCCUUCCUCCGUCCCGCCCCCAUCCGCACGACCAGUGGAAGCAGGCGGGUAUGUGGAUUGCAGGGGCGGCGACAGCAGCAGUGGGCGUGCAAGUCAGCGUUCAAGUGCUUGAGGCGCUCGACAAGGUGCCGUUCCUAGCAGACCUGGAGGUGCUGGUGGGCACGGGCGUGGCGCUCAACUUCCUCUCCUCCUACGUGCGCGGGGGCGAGGCGCGAGCGCGAGUCCAAGCGAGCAUAGACAGCAUAGUGGACAGCAUCAGAGGCUUCGAUUCGCCCACCGACUCUGACCUUCAAUUGCAGCUGCAGCAACUCGUGGCCGACACCACCGUCGCUACUCCCUCCCUCGCCUCCGCCUCCUCGUUUUCCGCUUCCUCUUUCUCCGCCUCCUCCGCCUCCUCCGCCUCCUCGUCAUCCUCGCCGUCCUUUGCUGCUCGUCUUGCCGCCAAGGGGCUGUUCAAAGCAUCAGGCAGCAGCAAGGCAGUGGGAGGGCAGAGGUCAGGCGAGUUGACCUUCGGAGGGAAUGGCGGGGAGGGAGAGAGAGGAGGAGUGAGAGGAGAAGGAGAGGAGGUGGUGCUGGUGAAAAAGCAGUCGCUUAUCAGCCGGUUGGUGGAUUUUGUCCGAGGCAAGGAGGUCAAGACAAAACGUGCCACCCUCGCGCUGCAAGCCGAGGCCGCCCGGUCGCAAGCGCUGCAGUCCCGGGCGGCGGAUCUGAACCAGUCACUGCAGGCCAGCAAGCGGGCGGCGCAGGCUGCCGCCCAGAAGCUGGAGGAGCUGCGGGCGGCAAACGGGCGGCUGCAGGCGGAGCGGAGCGAGUCCCGGGGGGCGAUGGGUGGACUGCAGCAGGAAGUGGCGUCGCUUUCUGCCGCCCUCGGGAACCUCACGGCUGACACAGACGCUCUGAAGCAGUCAAAGGAGAAGCUCGCCUCCAAGGUACAGUCAACAAUUACCGAGAACCAGUCACUGCAGGCCAGCCUUUUAUCGGCCAAGUCCCGCCAACAGCAGCAGGUGGCGGCAGCAGAGGCGAUGCGCGCCCAGCUGAGGGCAGCUGAGGUUACGCUGGGUGAAAGGGAGGAGGCGCUCAGAAGGGCGCAGGCGGAGAGCGCGCAGGAGAAGACGACAUAUGCCGCCCGGCUUGAGGGCAUGAAGAAGGAGAGGGACGAGGCACUGGCAGCGGUGGUGGUGGUGGAGGCGCGGCUGGCAGCACUGGAAGCAAAACUGCAGCAAGCAGCACAGACCCGGACGGAGAUCUUCAAGAACAACGCAGAGCUCAAAGCGAGACUGGAAUCUGUUCUGCAGCAAAACCGCGACCUUGCCACCCAGGCCGCCCGGAUGGAGGAGAGCGGGCGGCAGGUUUCGGCGGUGUUUGAGCAAAGGGAGGGCGCGCUGGUGCAGCAGAUCAGGAACCGGGAGGCUGAGCUGGCGGCACAGAAGAACCGGGCGGCUGCUGAGCUGGCGGGGGUGGAAUCCAGGCUGGAGGGGGAGCUGAGGAAGGCUGAGGAGGAGAAGCUGAAAUACAUGGAGGCUUGUGAUUGGCUGGAGAAGCAGCUUGCUUCUCUCAAGGCCGAGAAUGAGACGACGAUUGCCGACCUUCGCUCGUCUCUGGCUUUUGCCGAGCAACGGGCCAAGGAGGAGGGUGCUAAAGUGGUUCAGCUGCGCGCUGAGCUGGACAAGCAGACGAAAGACGCCGACCGGCACAAGGCGGCGCUGAAGAAGAAGGUUGCUGAGCUGGAGGGCAAGCUGGGAUCCAGCCAAUCACAGCUCUCUAUUGCCGAGAAGGCUCUUGCCACUGCCACGGCUGCAGCCAAUCGCGUGAAGACAGCUGGACUGGCAGGACUGGUGGUGCCGGCUGUAGCGCCUAGUAAGGGGGCAGCUGUAGCAGGAGCAGGAGCAAUGGCAGGCAAAGCAGUGACAGAAAAGGAGCAAGGGAGGAAGAGUGGGAAGGCUGUAGUGGUGAGCAAGAAGCAGCAGGAGGAGAAGGAGAGGGAGCAGGAGAGGGGGGGGACGAUGAGGGAGGGCGAUCUGAAGGUGUAUGCACGGGCCAUCUUCCCUGCAUAUGUGGAUGUGAGGGGACCGGCCCUGGAACAGACACGAGGAGUCAACGCUCUCGUGCUGGACAUGGUGAGCAAGGGAGCGGAGGAGCAGUGGGCGCGGAAGCAUGUGACAGAGGCGCUGCUCAAGCCCGCCCUGGCUGCUGCUGCCACUGCUGCAGCAAAGACAAGCACUGCUGCUGGUGCUGACAAGGCAGGCAAGAAGGUGAGCAAGGAGGCGUUGCUGUCAUAUGCGAGGGCCAUCCAGCACGCAUACAUCGACGAUUCCAUCCCUGUGAAGGAGCAGCAGGCUGGCAUGCAGCUUCUCGUGCAGGUGAGGGGUGCUGGAGGGGCUGGGAGGGCUGGGAAGGUUGGUGGUUGUGGUGGGGCUGGUGGGGCUGGUGGGGCUGGUGGGGCUGGUGGGGCUGGUGCGUGGAGUGAUGUUGAGGGUCUUAUGUGUAUCCUUUUUCAGGGUGGGAAGCUGGGGAUAAUGAAAGGGAAGAGUUGCUCAAGGGGCUAG